AUGAAAGUUGUUCUUACAAGGAAGAGAAGGUUAGGAGAGUUUGAAACAAUGGCUCUAAACAAAGAGUGUAGUCCAUUUAUGCAAGAAAAGUUGCCACCAAAGUUGAAGGAUCUUGGGAGUUUCACUAUUCCCUGUACUAUUGGAGACACUUAUUGUGAGACGACUUUAUGUCAUUUGGGUGCAAGAAUUAAUUUGAUGCCAAUGAAUGUUUUCAAGAAAUUGGGGAUUGGAGAAGUCAGGCCUACUACAAUUACUCUUCAACUUGUAGAUAAAUCUCUUUCUCAUCCAGAUGGAAAAAUUGAAGCUGUGUUGGUGAGGGUAGACAAAUUCAUAUUCCCUACUGAUUUUAUUGUGCUAGACUAUGAGAUGGAUAGAGAGGUGCCCAUUAUCUUAGGGAGGCCAAUUCUUGCGACAAGAAGAACUUUGAUAGAUGUGCAGAAGGCGAAGUUGAAUCAUGAACAAGAAGAAAAGUUGCUUGAGGUGUUGAGAAAGUUCAAGAAAGCCAUUGGGUGGACUAUUGCAGAUAUUGGAGGUAUUAGUCCUUCUUUGUGUAUGCAUAAGAUCGUGCUUGAAGACAGUGAAAAAUGUUAUAUUGAGGGGCAAAGGAGACUAAAUCCUAUAAUGAAGGAAGUAAUGAAGAAAGAAAUCAUCAAGUGGUUAGAUGCUGACAUUAUUUAUCCUAUCUCUGACAGUUCAUGGGUCAGCCCUGUACAGUGUGUACCUAAGAAGGGUAGGAUCACGGUGGUGAAGAAUGAAGAAAAUAAGUUGAUUCCUACUAGAAUUGUGACUGGAUGGAGGAUUUGCAUGGACUAA